AUGUUUUCGCCGACACGCGCAAACAAUACCGAAAGCAAAUCGAAUGAGCUAACCUUAACUGCGAGUGUUGGCGCGACAACGUGUACGCUACCCAGCUCAAAUGUUCCAGACCUUUCGCUGCAUGGUUUCUCGCAAAUUGCUACAUCUAUAGAUGGGUACGCACAGGCAGGGGAACGUGCGCGUGUAAGUAACGUGACUGCAACAAUAGAUCUGGGUGCUAAAGGCUCGCAAUGUGCUACAUCUAUAGAUGGGAACGCACCGGCGAGCUGCGCUACUGAGGGUAGUUAUGCGGCACCUACGACAAUCAGGCAGGGCAAUCCUUCAUUCGAUUCUGUACUAAAUUUGCAAGCGCUAAGGCAAGUAUUUACACCACCUAAUAUGGUAAGAGCAGAUAUUUUCUCGCCAGACAAUCCAUUUGAUACCGAAGCUCCGCAUGGAGCUGUUUCGAGUCCACCUGUUGCGUGGCCCGCAAACUCCACGGUUCCUAUUAGUAUGCCUCCGCGUUCAGGGUAUAUAUCUACAUCAACACAGCCAUUUCAUUUCUAUAUACCUAGUAGUCAGUAUGCUCCUCUAAGCACUACAACGCAACGAACGCACGUCUUAGGCACAAGUCACCCCUUCCAUUCCACCACUCUUCAUUAUGACGACGGCUUAGCAGGUGCCGGGUUCAGCGCACCACAAACCACGCCAUAUCAAACCGUACAAACUACAAAACAAGCAUCGCACUCAACCACAGUUCCCGCUAAUCAACAAUUUCGUUUUUAUAAUGCGAACUCAGUUCCAAUAACUGCGCCUGUUCCGACAGUUUCUUCGACGGGCAUAUUCACCGCUUCGAUUCCAUCGCAUGUACCUGGUGGUUUCUACAGUAGGCAACAAGGCGCGAAUGGGUAUGCUUCGCUUUCUCAGGGCCCAAUGGUCGAUUGCACAUUGUCCACAAUGCAGAUAGCAUCCAGGCAGGUUGUAAAUAAAGAGUUACCGGCAUUUUCUGGCAAACCAGAAGAAUGGCCUUUAUUCAUUGUUAAUUAUGAGCAAUCGACUGAGCGGUGCGGAUUUUCAGAAGCGGAGAAUCUUAUCCGCCUUCAACGCUGUCUGAAAGGUGCUGCUUUAGAAGUAGUUAAAGGCAAACUAAUGACACCUUCAACCGUAACACAAGCCAUCGAAACUCUUCGCAUGUUAUACGGCAGACCUGCCGUCAUACACCAAGCAUUACAACGAAAGUUAAGGAAGGAGCCGGCAGUUCGGCACGACAACUUAGAAACUCUUAUACAGUUUGCUCUUGCGGUCCAGAACUACCGUUCGACUAUGCAUGCUAUUGGACUUUCGGCGUACUUAAACGACCCAAUGCUUCUGUCCGAUUUAUUAAGUAAGCUGCCAAGCGACUUAAAACUCGAAUGGGGUAGGCAGGUAGUAAAUAUGACAGAAACUGAUUUAGAUAAAUUUGACGACUGGCUCUUUAAAUUAGCGACGUGUGCUAGUCAGGUAGUCUCUGUGAGCGCAACAACAACUGUAAGCGAGAUAAAAGGAAAACACUCGAAGUCCAGACUUCUAGUGCAUGACGUAGUUGAAAAUAAUAGCAAUAAAGUGAAGGGCCAUCCACAACAACAAUGCCUUUAUUGUCAAGAAGAUCAUAAUUUGCAAAAAUAUGAUGUAAAGGCGCUUAAUGAUACUGCUGUUAUGCUACAUACUAAAAUAGAAUCAAAUAAAAUAAUGUUUCGUUAUGUUCCGGUCACGUUAUAUGGAAAGACACAUUCAAUAGAAACGUAUGCGCUAGUCGACGAAGGGUCAGCAUGUACUUUACUGGAAAGUGACAUCGCGUCGAGUUUAAGCCUGCAAGGACCGUCCCGAGAGCUCUGCUUAAGAUGGACUGGAGAUAUCACCCAAUCCGAUCCAACUUCAAAACUGGUAAGUGUUGACAUCUCAUCAAGCGACAAUUCGUCGCGAUACACCUUGCGUAAUGUUCGCACAGUGGCAAACCUCGACCUUCCCAUGCAAACACUAUCUGAAUCGGUAUUGAAUUCUCGUAAACAGUUAAACAAAUUGCCGAUAAAGCCUUAUGAGUCUGUGCGUGCUACUAUUCUGGUCGGCAUAGAUAAUGCGAAACUGGGCGUACCUUUGGAAGUGAGAGAAACUAAAGGCGAUCAUCUCAUUGCCGCUAAAUGUAGAUUAGGUUGGGCGGUGUAUGGCCGCGUCAGCGCUGUUUGUGAGACUUCCAACAGAGUUUUACAUAUUUGUCCGUGCACUGCCACAGAACGCCUGGAUGACAUUAUUAAAGCUAACUACGCUUUAGAAGCGGUAGGUGUAUGUAAAACCGACGACCCCCUAAAAUCCAAAGCAGAUGAGCGCGCGUAUGCUAUUAUGAGAUCCACAACUAGAUACCUGCCUCUUGAAAAGAGAUACGAGACAGGACUGUUGUGGAAGUUUGACAAGAUAGUCACGCCCAACUCUCUGCCUAUGGCAAUGCGGCGUUUGAAUUGCCUUGAAGAAAAAAUGAUACGGGAUCCUAAGCUGAUGGAUUUUUUAAACAAUAAAAUUAGCAGCUACGAAGAAAAAGGUUAUAUCCGUAAGCUGAAGAAAGGCGAAUCUAUCGUAUCAGAAAAGACCUGGUUCUUACCCAUCUUCACAGUUGCGAACAAAAACAAGAACAAAACUCGGAUCGUAUGGGAUGCCGCCGCUGCGGUUGAGAACGUUUCGUUAAAUAGUUAUUUGAUGUCAGGCCCAGAUCUUUUAACGUCCCUAAUCGGCACACUGAUGCGAUUUCGCGAACGGCGCGUGGCUAUCGCAGGGGACAUCCGUGAAAUGUUCCAUCAAAUUCGUAUAAGAGAUGAGGACCAAGCGUCUCAAUUAUUUUUAUGGCGGAACGGAAAUCGGUCGAGGCAACCUGAUGUGUAUGCAAUGAUGGUAAUGACUUUCGGAGCCGCCUGCUCACCGUCUUUGGCAAACUAUGUGAAAAACGAAAACGCAUCGGGUUUCAGCAAUAUAUACGCGCAUGCAGUCAACACGAUUCAUAAAAAUACCUAUGUUGACGAUUGGUUACACAGUGCUGACGACGAAGAAGAGUUGAUCGAAUUGGCAUCACAAGUUAAGUAUAUACAUGGAGAGGGCGGCUUCGAAAUGCACAAUUGGCUCUCUAACUCAGAAAGAGUGCAGCAAGCGAUUUCAGGUUCGAAAACACAAGCAGAGAAGUGCCUUGAGGAAUCAGGUACCUUGGUUGAAAAGGUUUUGGGAAUGUGGUGGCUUCCACAAACGGAUGAACUGACUUUCGUGGAGAGGUUUGACAAGUCGGUCUUCGAGGAAAGUGCUGUCUACACAAAGCGUAUUAUUCUGCGCAUCAUCAUGACGAUUUAUGAUCCCCUGGGAUUAUUGGGGUUUUAUUUAAUCCGGGCAAAAAUCAUAAUGCAAAACGUUUGGCGUAGCGGCGUGAAUUGGGAUGAUGCGAUUGGCGCUAAAGAACGGGAGGAGUGGCAAUCAUGGGUGCGAUUACUGCCUGAAAUAGGCUCUCCGG